CUUCCGGGUUCUAAUGUUUACAUCAGACAGCCUCGCUGGGCUCAGAGCAGCUGUUCACUCUGCUUUAUGAAAAAUCAUAUUUCAUGUGGAAACAACACGAGGGGCAGGCGUGAGGACUCACGCGCGCUCCCGGUGAGUUCCACCGCAACACGUCAUCGGUCAGAACGUGACCGGAAACGAGUCCCAGGCAGCAGGCCUCCAACAUCCACAAUCAGCUACCCAACGUACAGAACAAAACCAUGAAGAAGAAAACCAGACGCCCGAGGUCAAAGUCUGACACAACAGCGAGCAUCGGCGUGGAGAAGCGGACGCCAGGAAACAGAGGGAGACCUCAGAAGACCGGUCCCGUCGCCGCAGAUGAGGAUUUUUACCAAGACGACACCUCAGCAGACAAGACGACAUCUGCUGCUCACGACGACACACACGGACGUCCGGAGAACAAGUCGAGAUCUUCAGGUCGACUGUCCACCGCUCUCUGUCGCCUCUGCCACGGAAAGUUCUCUCCACGCAGCCUCCGACACGCCUUCAACCGCCGGUCGAGAGACUCCGUUGAUAUCGUCGACCACGAGGACGAGGACGACAAGUGCGACGCCGCCGCGGCCCAGUCGCCUCUUCUGUUCCACACAGACUUCCAGCGGCUGGUCGGGGUCCAGCUGAACCGCGACCCCCGCUUGUCCGAGUUCAUCUGCAAGAAAUGUCACACCAAGUUCUACAAGUGCCACGGCAUCCUGCUCCGGUUCCUGCAGAGAGUGAACCUCCCGCCCGUCGGGAAAGAAAACCUGAAGAGCCGGAAGAACACAAAGUGUCCAGAGUUGUCGGGGAAUCAGGCAUCAAUGACGCCGCCAUCGUCCUUCACGUCGGACCCCCAGUGCCUCCACGGUCUGGUGUCGUGGGCUCACCAGCACGGGGAGGCCUGCCGCUCCUGCCCCGGCCUGAGGGAGGUGCUGCAGGGCCGGUGCUGGGGCUCGGUCAGAGCCGUGUGGGGCUGCGUCGACGGGCACAGGUACGUCAUGAACACUCGGGGCGCUGACGCCACGAGUUUCGGGAGCAGCGACAGAGUGAUGUCAGAGGAGGAGGAGGAGGAAGUUGAAGGUGAGGAAAAGCAGCAGCCCGGUGGGAACGGAGGGUUGAUGGUUCAACUCGGUCCGCCGGCCGUCAGGACGCAGACUCAGAACUCAGCGCUCGACUGGACGAGCAGCACCGGAGGUCGUGAGGAGGCGACGUCUCCUGCUCCGCCUCAGCUGGAGGACAGAACCGCCGACAGCGACGCGUCCGACAGGAUCGUGUCCGAUGACGAGUUUGAGGCUAGUAGAAAAGGAGCGUUGUCAGACGACGAGUUGUUCGAGCCGUCGUCCGACAAGAGAUCUCGCAGGGCGACCGUCCCCAACAACAAGAGACGACGGAGCCCCAAGGCGCCUGUGGAGCCGAAGAUCAAGAAGAAACCAGGACCCAAACCGGGCUGGAAGAACAAGCUCAAACCUAAAGGAGAGGAGCUGCCCAACAUCUACAAGUGUCCGUAUCAGGGCUGCACCGCCGUGUACAGAGCACCUGACGGGCUGAAGAAACACAUCAAGGAGCAUCACGAGGAGGUGAGGGAGCGACCGUGUCCUCAUCCCGGCUGCAACAAGGUCUUCAUGAUCGACCGUUACCUGCAGCGACACGUCAAACUCAUCCACACAGAGGAGAGGAACUACAUCUGUGACCAGUGUGGUCAGACCUUCAAACAGAGGAAACACCUGUCAGUUCACCAGAUGAGGCAUUCAGGAGCCAAGCCCCUGCAGUGUGAGGUUUGCGGCUUCCAGUGUCGCCAGCGAGCGUCUCUGAAGUACCACAUGACCAAACACAAGGCGGAGGCCGAGCUGGAGUUCGCCUGCCUCAUGUGCGGGAAGCGAUUCGAGAAAGCUCACAACCUCAACGUGCACAUGUCCAUGGUUCACCCGGUGAUCCAGACGGAGGCUCAGAGAGGCAGCCUGCAGCAGCAGCAGCAGCAGCAGCAGCCGCCACCGUACUCCGACCUGCGCACCAUCACACUGACCGGGGAGGUGGUGCAGCAAGACCAGGACAGAUGACGACGGGGAGACCAGGUCCAGGUCCAGGACCUGCUGCUGCUGCGAGUCACCGCUGUCUGACACGGAACAGACGUUUGACUCUUAACAAAAAAAACUUUUGCGUCAAAGGAACAACGUCCAGUGUCAUUUCAGUCGACAGUGACCUGAUCUACUGACGAUAAACAUCCACUCCCCUCGUCGAUUCGCAUUCUCAAAAAUUCAUCUGUUUCAUUUUCUGAUGCCACGAGUUUGAGUUCAUCAGCCGCCGCCGCCGCCGCGUCACGUGUGAAAAAAAACUUCAUUGACUCCGGACGGUAAAUUACUUUCUUCCAAGAAAUUAUUUUAAAAAACUUAAAAUUUUAAUGCUGAUUUAUUUGUUGACAACUGUUAUUACCAUGGUGAUAACAAAUGUGGACCAAUCCUACGGCGAGCGGUUUGCUGUUCACAGAGCUGUCAAUCAAAGGUCCAUGACCCCAUGAAGUUUUUAAAAUGUAUCUUUCCCCCCCAAAAAAGGUCAAAAUGACGGCAGAAGCAUUUUUUUAAACGAGUAAUCGCUGCGACAAAACACCUUGUGAUUCCUGUCACGGCUUCACGAUAAAAGCAGACCAGUGUUUCCACAGGUGGAUGCUUUUAAUGUGAAGGUGCAUCGUUUCCUGC